CACUUUACAUGAAGAAUGGGCAGCCACUUCAACCACCACCUAUGUGUGGCACCCACCUGGAUGGUGCAACGGCAGCCAUUAUGAUGCCAGUGCGCUCACCACACAUUAGUUAUUAUAUCUAAUAUGAUUUUUUUUUACUUUACAAAAGGAGCUGUGCCACCCUGUUUACACAGGACUAUUCUCUAUUUCCCUAAAAUGAGAUGUUUCACAUCACCAAAGAUUGAAUGACCACUUCAUGAUUUACAAAAGGGCACAGAUCUCUCAGGUCUGCCAUUUACAUUGCGGUUCUGUUACCUGGUAGCAGUGCUCAUCAUUUGCUCAGCAGAUGCCAAAGUGGACCUGGCAGGGUGGUCAGGAGCCUAACAUGAGUCCCACUCUGUACUUUUUCAUCUGCCUGAAUGCAGUUGUACGAGUCAUAAGCAGUGACGGAGUGAUAGCGGUGCAUGGGACUGUAGGAGGAAGUGUGACGAUUGACUGCAGAUAUGAACAAGGAUUUGAACAUUUUCAGAAAUACCUGACUAAUAUUAGAUGGAUACUGAAUAACGCCCUGAUCAGAACAAAAAACUCUAACACUCUGGUGACAGAAGGUCGAUACUCUCUGUAUGACGACACCUUGGAGAGAGUUUUCACCGUGACUAUCAAGGAGCUGCAAAUGAGUGAUGCCGGGACAUACUGGUGCGCAGUGGAUAGGUUACUAAAAGAUGACUACACCGAAGUCAAACUCACAGUCCAUCCAGUUUUACAAGUCAUAAGCAGCGAUGGAGUGACUGUGGUACAUGGGACUGUAGGAGGAAGUGUGACGAUUGACUGCAGAUAUGCACAAGGAUUUGAAAAUUAUGAGAAAUAUCUGACUAAUGUUAAAUAUAUGUGGAACAAUGCCCUGAUCAAAACAAAGAACCCCAACACUCUGGUGACGGAAGGUCGAUACUCUCUGUAUGAUGACACCUCUGCGAGAGUUUUCACCGCGACCAUCAAGGAGCUGCAAAUGAGUGAUGCCGGGACGUACUGGUGUGCAGUGGAGAGGACCCUGAAUGAUGACUACACUGAGGUCAAACUCACCCUCCAUCAAGAUCAUGGUACUGAAUCUCACUGGAAGAGAACCUUUUGCCGUCGUGUUGAACCAGCUUUGCAACCAACCCCAUGACCAAAGGGACAUCGCAGAGCAUCAGAGCUCCAGUUCAAUAGAGGAGGACCACCAUCUUUACGGGUCUGCCCACAGGUGUAUUCACAAACAUGUAAGUGCUGCACUAACACCCAGCUGAAAUGUACUGAACACAGCAUUGUCCAAUCAAUCAGUGAAGCUGCUUGGAUGCAAUUUGCAGAUAACCCUCAAUAAACAAAAGCUGACACCCAAACAUCGAAAGCAUCUGGGAAAAGGAAGAAGAAUGAAGGCUCAUUAAGUGGUAUUGGGAGAGAGAGAGAUGGGCUGAUGGGACUGAAGCAAAUAAGAACAUAAUAACUUUUUACCACUUUCAGUUUCCACGUAAAUAAAACCUGAGGCAAAGCCCGGACACAUAGCUGUAUCUACAUUAAUAAAACCGACUUGAUAUCCAAUUGUCUGCAUAUAUGUUUGUUCCAGCAUCACUGAAAAAAUACAGCAGAUUUUAAUAACAAUUACAGAAUUCGCUCAGGGGUUGUCUCGUUUAGAUUAUGCCGGCCUAUUGCAGCAGCAGGAGGGUUUGGUUAAAUCUUAGGCUCCAUCCACAUUAUCAUGUUUUCAUUUAAAAAUGAAGGUCUUAAACGAAAAUGAUCUCCACGCAUGGACAUCAUUUCCAGAAGUCUCCCUGUCCACAUUGAAACACCCGAAAACACUUAUGACGGUGCCCUUGGAAUGGAAAUGUAUAGUGAAAAAUUCAGAGCCCCUUAAAAAUUAGAUUCACUUGACAGAAAUUAUUAAAGGAACAGCAGUAAACACGUCAAUGCGCUGAUUAAGGUCAAAAGUAAUAGUCUCCAGAACUGGCCAUGGUCAAUAUAAAAAAAACUACAGAUGUUAAAGCUACACUUAAAAAAAAAAGUGUUUAGCACUAGGUUCAUUCACAAGAGAAUUGAUUAUAAGCUGUCCACAGCAAUCAGAGGUAAUGAGGCACAUUACCUGCAUCAUAAAGGAUUGUCAGUUAUGGCACUACGGCCAUGUGGAGCGAUUCCCCGAGGGAAUCAGGUCCUGGGAUUGUUCCAGGUGGCUCAUCAGUAUUACUUGGAAUCACUCCUAGGUGUACUGGAGGUCUUCUGGGCUCUGCAGCUCCCCCUGGUGGCCCCCACGGAACCCAACAGGGCUUCACCAAACUCCAGUUCCCGACAUGAUGUAAUAGAAAUUUUUAUUUUUGUAUUUUGCAAAUUUCUCAUUUCUUCUUCUCUGGCUACAUCCAAACUACUGUUUUCAUUUAACAACAUAGACAUUAAUCUCCAUUUUUUGCCUUUCGUCCACACUACCCAGGGGCCUCAUGUAUAACGCCGUGCGUAGAACUCGCACUAUAACAUGGCGUAAGCACAAAAGCCGA